AGUACCAGCGGGGUCUGCAGGAGGUCAAAGGUCACUCGUGCUCAGAGUUGGACACUCCUGAAAUGAGGCGUGUCCGCAAAUCUCAGGACUCUGUUUCCAUGGUAGCAGGACUGUGGCCACGCCUCCGUGUGACAUCACCGCAUUAACACGUGACUGACCGUCACACGGGUGACCAGCACUACACGCGUGUGCUAAUACACACCCACUGCUCUGUGUGUAUGUGUGUGUAUCAGAGACCAGAGCCACCCUAACAGACACACCUUUGUGUGUGUGUGUGUGUGUGUGUGUGUGUGUGUGUGUGUGUGUGUGUGUGUGUCAGAGACCAGAGGCACCAUAAUGCCUGAUGUUUGUGUCAUUGCGAGUUUGUGUGUGUUUGUGUGUUAUUGUGUGUGUGUGACACUCUGUGUGUGUGUCUCAGGCUAAAUACCAUGAGGAGUUUGAGCGCACGCGGGGCCGCGGCGCGACACACACACUGGAUGAGCAGCACAUGGAGCAGAUGAGCGGUGGGUCGCACCGUGGAGAGAUGGAGCGCCGGUCAGCUGGAGCCACCGGUGUGUUCCAGCAUCAUCAUCAUCAUCAUCAUCAUGCUCCUCCCCCUCAGCAGCUCCUCCAGCAGGGUUAUGGUCAGGCUCAGGCUGUGCGCAGUGUUCAGUCUCCUCCAGCCUCCGCCAGCAUGCAGAGGGUGUAUCGAGCGCUGUACGAUUAUUCUGCGCAGGAUCACGACGAGGUUUCCUUCCGCGACGGUGACGUGAUCAUCAACGCUCAGCGCAUCGAUGACGGAUGGAUGUUCGGGACGGUCCAGCGCACCGGCCGCUCCGGCAUGCUGCCCGCCAACUAUGUGGAGUGUGUGAACUGAGCCGAGGUGGCACGCGUGUGUGUUUAAUCUGCAGCACAUUCCUCACACACACUUUAUUCACACACACUAUUAUGGGUCUGGCUAAAGUCGAGUCCUUCGAGGAGUGACGGAGCGAUCAGAGCGGACCCUCACCACAAACACAUGAUGAUGAGAUGCUCAGCAGGAAGAGCGGAUUCAGACACUCUGUAAACUCUGAAAUCAAGAAGCUUUUUCUAGACGAGCACAAGCAUGUCGUCUUGUUCACAGAAAUAAUCUGCUAAAGUGAGUUCCUCAUUAUUUUAAUCUGUAAUAAUCUUAAAUAGUUUGGCCAGAGGGAUUAACUAAAUAACGCCAUGUCAGAAGGAAAACAACACAUGUGGCUUAUUCCUGUCUUGAUUUAAGAGUUUACAGACAUGUAGGCUUAAUAUUGGAGAUAAUAACGAUUAUUUUUGGAGAUAUGAGGAGACAGAAACUCUGGAUUUGUUGCAGGGUGUCUGAUAUCAUGGAGUUUGAUGAGGAUUAUAAAGUCUUUAACCUAUAUAUUUUGAAAUACUCUGAAUAAUUUACACUAAUCAUACGUGCACAUGUUUAAUUUAGUCUAUUAAUCACGAGGCCUGACACUGGUGUUCAUCUUGUAAACACAUAACCUUUAAUGAGGGGUAAUUAAAGGGACAGUUCACUCAAAAAUGUCAACUCCGUCAUCAUUUCCUCAAUCUUAUUUCAGAUCUGCUGAACACAAAGGAAGAUAACCUGAGGAAUGCUGGAAAAAACAGACCUUGACCAACAGAGUGUGUUAAUGUUCAUGCUAUUGGUGUCAGACAGCAGGUUUUCCUCCAAAUGUGAAGUGAAAAUGGAGAAUGUGAACUUGUGAAUGCGAAUACCAUUGAAAAAUGCAAAGUUGGUCAUGUGAAGCAUGUUUUAGCCAAUCAAAUAGCAGCUUUUAGUCUCCUUCUCUGCGUACUACCAUAGAGAAAGCACUAGCAUUAGCUGUUAUGCUUUUAGGAUAAUGAUUUCAGGCUUGUCCUCAGUAGGCUUUACUAAAUCUUUUGCAAACUUUGCAAAAAAGAAGAAUUGCAAAUGCAAAUUAGCUGUUUACAUCAUCGUUUGAGUGGCCAACUGUGCUAUUUGGUAACCUAGCAACCAACAAUAAACAAGUUGAGCAUCGUUAGAGUGGCCGACUGUGGUAUUGGUAACCUAGCAACCAACAGUAAACAAGUUGAGCAUCGUUAGAGUGGCCCACUGUGGUAUUGGUAACCUAGCAACCAACAGUAAACAAGUUGAGCAUCGUUGGAGUGGCCAACUGUGGUAUUGGUAACCUAGCAACCAGCAGUAAACAAGGUGAGCAUCGUUAGAGUGGCCCCACUGUGGUAUUGGUAACCUAGCAAACAACAGUAAACAAGGUGAGCAUCGUUAAAGUGGCUGACUGUGGUAUCGGUAACCUAGCAACCAACAAUAAACAAGUUGAGCAUCUUUAGAGUGGCUGACUGUGGUAUUGGUAACCUAGCAACCAACAGUAAAGUUGAUCAUCGUUAGAGUGGCUGACUGUGGUACGCAGAUAAACAGCGGAUAAAUCGCGCUAUUCACAUGUAAAUAGACACGUGAACAUUUGAGUUUACUCGUGCGUGAUAAUCUGCUUCAUUUGGCCGUCAAAUUCACUUUCACUUUCAGAUUCGCACAUUAAGUGCGUCCAAUGUGCAAAACGCUCAAUUUGCACCACGCCA